AUGGGAAGUGUGGCGCACUUCCAAGAGCCGAGCGACCGCGAUCUGAAGGACCACGAGAGGUUGGUGGAUGAGAUUCUCCAUGAACAGCCGUGGACCCAGUCAAUGAAAAACUCCUCCAUCUUGGAUAAACUCCCCGCCGAGAUCCUCCACGAGAUUCUCUCCUACCUGUCCGCCCGCGAUCUUGCUCGCGUAUCUGCAAGCUGUCAAGUACUCGCCGAGCAUGGCUCCGACGACCGACUAUGGGCCAAGUUGGUCAACUCCCACCUGCCUUCCUCGAUUCCUGACCCAGGCCCUUUCCCGUCCUUUCGACGCCUAUACCUUGCCCACCUAUCGUACUGGUUUAUACCUCAAUACAAGAUCUGGUUCUCAGAUAACGAGCACACGGGCAACUUGAUUCUGGCUCGUUAUGAUAACCGAAGAGGCGUCAUCGAAGCCUACCGAUUGCUGGCAGAUCGAGGUAGCCCAAGCUUUCAAGUUUGGCAAUCGAACCCUGAUGUCAUGAUUCAAUCGUUCGACCCCAAAGUAGUCCUGUGGCUGGAUGAUCCCGUUUUGUUUCUCAAAGAUCCAGCGCCCGCGGAACCCAGGGCUGCUUGCCAGACUUGGAGGAUGGAGCGUCAAAUGCCAAUGGCUUCAGAAGCACAGAGUGUUUACAGCUCAAUCCUAUUGUGUCCCAAAGAAGAUACGCCACCUCAGAGUUACCAAGGAGAAUGUUGGCCUCCGGUGACCAUCCCUAGUGAGCACCGCAUCCGCAGAGAGAAUUCCCCGCAGAGGUUGCCGGACCCCAAGUGUGCAUCUGAAGCCUCGGAGAGGGCAUUUCGCAUUCGGAGAUGGGCCAAUUUCCACGUGGUGCUCUCUCCGGGCCGCAAUGAAGCACGGACAACGUAUGCUACCCUUGAUCCGAGCUCGUAUGUGCCAACGAAAGAAAAACCAUAUCAAGGUAUCUGGGUUGGAGACUACUCAGCUCAUGGAUGCGAGUUCCUCUUGUUCGUCCAACGAGAUGUAGACAGCCAGAACGAUAAGGACGGAGACUUCGGACCAAGCGGAAGAUUGGAAGCAGUCAAGCUUACAGGUGAUCCAAAUGUUCCCCGUGGUCAAAUAUCAUUCGUUGCCAACGAUAUCGGUCCUGGAGGCCUCGUUCGGGUGGACGACAGGGAACCGUUUGAGAAUGCACGUAUUGUGCGGUGCUUGGGUCAUGUCGCUGGUAUUGGCUUCCAAGAUGACACCUUUAUCACGUCCGAGCUUAUUCUUAUCUCUCCGGACUUCAUAGCGCAUUAUUGGAAGGAAAUGGGCCACGUUUCCUACUACCGCCGAGUGGACAUUGAUACCCUCCUCCAAAUAUGA